UAGUAGCGUACUCCCUCGUACAUACAGUCCAUGAAAUAUUCAUCCUUCGGUGCGGGACUCGUGAAAUUAGGGACACUUCCCCCAAAUCUGAGAGCACAGGGACCGUCCGAAACUCAGAAACUCGAAACCCACCUUAACAAUGGCUUCCUCCAAACAAUCCGGAGCCGAAAAAAAGACCAAAGCAACCAAACCCACGAAAUCACCUAAGAAGCAAAAUGGUAUUGUUACCACGAAAAGGAACCCGGAAAAGAAUAAUAAGACCACCAACGGCACCGUCAGCCAUUCCAACGGCUUCGUGUCAAUCCAAUCUUCAAGCGUCGAGUCCCAGGAAGACGGAGAACAAGGACGAAGCAGAAGUGCCGGCACGAUUAAGAGAGCCCGCGUCACCAAACCCAAGAAAGACAAACGAAAACAGCGAGAGGAAGAGGUCAACGACGUCGUUGAUCAACGAGAAGAGGAAGAAGAAGUUGGAGAGAAAGAGGACGUGAAGAUGCAUAGGUUUCCGAUGCAUCGUAUCAAGACGAUUAUCCGGAGCGAGAACUCCGAUUUGCGCGUUACGCAGGAGGCCCUUUUUGUCGUCAACAAAGCUACGGAGAAGUUCCUUGAACAAUUUACGAAAGAUGCGUAUUCGUGUUGUGUUGGGGACCGUAAGAAAUCGCUCGCUUACAAGCACCUAUCAUCGGUUGUUUGUAAAACGAGGAGAUAUGACUUUCUUUCAGAUUUUGUCCCUGAGAAGAUAAAAGCUGAAAAUGCCUUGGCAGAGAGAAAAUUAAAUGAAACAGAAGUGGGCUAGGUCCUUCAAAAUGUGCUGAUUGGGAUGGUAAUACUGCAAUUGCCUUAAACAAAGCUCAUUUAUGGAGGAUCCAUGUGUAAUCACAUCUGCUUCUUAAGGUUCUUACAACAGUUGAACCAUGUGCAUGCUGGUCUAGCAAAUGAAAAACUGUUGGAUACAUUUGAUAGAUCACCUCAUGAGAUGGCCAGUGAGCUGGUUUGAAUUGAAUUUAGAGUUCUGUAGAUAUAGUUGAUUUUUGUUCUAUGAAUUUUUGAGCUGAUUGUUCUUAAUUCUGGUCAGGCGAGCAUUCUUUGAAUUGAAUUCUAUUUAACAGUUAUCUAUUUUAAUUUUUAAUUAUGAAUAUUUGAGCGGAAGAUUUUUCAGCACAA